GAUGUAGGUAGUUUAGUGUUUGCAUAAUUCGGGGCCGCCGGAUCCAGGGGCGCCCCUCCGAUAGCAGUCCAGAUAAAAAAUGUGGGGUGAUAUUGCGAAAGGACAAACUUUUCAUCAUAGAUCUACCACACUGUUAAGCCCAUUAUGCUAAUUUAGACAGUGGGGCGCUGGCUUGGUUGUGUACUCAGCAGAGGUGUGAAGGUCCCCAUCUGUUGUGAUUAUAAGUGCCCUAUGGUGUGGAAAAACGAGAUGUGUUCUGUGUACUUCAGGUGCCCUGAUGGUCAUGCCACUCUGAAUCUUUGGUUGGAUCUUAUUGACAGGUCAAUUAAUUUUAUGAUAAUAGUUAGGGUACAUCACUUCAAAACCAAAACACUAGUUACGACUGUUCAUAGUUAUUCCACAGCAGCAGCAAUUCAAUCAUCGAACAUUUCAAAAGUGACGGAGAAAACAUUUUUACACCAAAACAUAUUUCAUGAAAAAUAGUUUGAUAGUAAGACUCCCCAUUUUGACAAAAGUCAUAAAUGGAUGAAAAAGCUGUGUAUUGGAGUUUUAUACUUUUUGUCAUAUUUUCAAAGACAUCAACAUAAAUAGACUGAAGUCAUGUUUUUUUUCUUUAUCGCCUUCUCGUUCACAUUGUUUAUACAGGGUCUUACUGAUAAGGAAAAUAUAUUAACACUAUCAGUAAAGAUAUUUUCUUGUUUAAAGAAGUGAGACAAAACAGUAGCCAUUACAGGACUGAAGGAAAUACGCCCACCGCUGGAUUAAUUUACUCACUGGAAAAUCAGAAAGUUUCACUUGAAGAUUUAAGCAUCAUGACACAAAUAUAUAUUCUCAAGAUGCUGUUGUUGUGUUUGUGCGCAUGCGUGCUGGUGUAUGUGUGUUUAAUUAGCACAGGUGUAAGCAGCAAAAGACACACUGAAACAUGUAUUAGUCACCCAACAGUUAACCAACUGAGAAUAUCUACAAGGAGGAAGAACCAAGUCAUUUUGAAUGAGUUUGGUCAAAGGAAUUCCAAUAUUUUUUUAUCAUCGUCAUUGUCAUUAUCAACAAAAACAACACCGACUCUGAAAAAGACUACGGCCGUUAAAAGAACAACGGCAACACAAACAGUAUCACCACUGAACCUAAAAACAGCUACAAAAAGAGGAAUUACGUUCACGGCAUCAGCACCGCCAUCCUCAAUUACUAGUACUACAACAGAUCUGAGAACUACAAUCGAUCCUCUAGCUCGCCCUGAUAAUUGUUCAGUUUGCUUCAUGCAUAACUUUAGCUAUAUUCAUAUUAAUAAGGACAUAUGUAGCGAGAAGGAACCUUCCAAUAUAGAUAUUGUUAUUUUGAUCUCGACAACACCAGCCAAUCAAUACAAGAGAGAGGUGAUCCGGAAGACAUGGUUGGACAUUUCUAAAAACAACACCUCGAACAUAAGGUACGUGUUCUUGCUUGGUGCGCAGUCUAAUAUAACGGUUAGAAAGCACAUAGCCCGCGAGUUUAAUCAAUAUUCGGACAUCGUACAGGAAGAUUUUGUUGAUAGUUACAAUAACCUGACAUUAAAGACACUAAUGGGAUUUAAAUGGGCAAACAUGUAUUGUUCUUCUGCAAAAUUCGUUAUGAAAACGGAUGACGACAUGUAUGUCAAUGCAUCAAAUUUGUUAAAAAUUGUAAGAGACUACAAAAAACAGCUAAAUACGUCCAUUGGAGGAGCUUGUAAAUACGUAGCAUUCCCUAUUCGGGACAGUAGAUCUAAAUGGUACGCAUCAUUCCGUCAGUACCCGAGGUCCGAGUAUCCGGGAUACUGUUCAGGGACAGGAUAUGUUACUAGUAUGGCCGUCAUACAAAAAGUUUUUGCAGUUUCAAAAGACGUGCCGUUCUUUUAUCUUGAGGAUGUGUAUGUUUCCUUGUGCAUCAAGCGUCUUGGUUAUUCGCUAAUAAAUCUAGAGGGAUUUAAUGCUGCACACGUGCCUUCGGAUGUUUGCGUGUAUAAGGGCUCAAAAAUGGUAACUUCUCAUGGUGUGACCCCAGAAGACAUGGUUUCUAUGUUUACACACGAUUGCAUAAUAACAGAUAACACUUCUCGAACGGAGAAAGUUUGAAUUACCCGGUUAUUUUUAAAAACUUGGCUACCACACAAUAAUCUACGGAAGCCCUGGAGGGACAUUUUGAGUUACUACUUAUUACUUAUAACUGAUUAGUUAUUACUUAUUUGUUAUUACUUAUUAGUUAUUAAUUACUAAAUUAUUGUAUAACA